AUGGCGGCCGUCGCAAACCCAUCUGUUUUGAAGACUAUGCCUUACAAACCUAGCGGCUACCACCGACUUGCCUCUGUGAUGAGCCAAGAUGCGAACAUUGCGAUUUUCCGAAGAUUUCAAGAACUCAACAUGCUCAGACUUCUCAGCCUCCAGGCAGAAAUAUUCGACCUCCAAGGCCAUUUCCAAUUUCAAUGUCAAUCUGAUGAUAGUUCGAAUGACCCGCUCGAAGUUCAGUACUCUCGCUACUUCUUAGAGCUGCGCAAGUCUGGUAAAUCAGCGAGUGGACACCAGUGGCAGAUGCUCACCGAACUCGGCAUUAAAUUGGACGAAUACAUGCAGCAACUUAGUAGCAUCGAGAGCCCGAGAAAGUCACAGCUUGCAGUGCUUCGUGAUUGGCUUCAAGACUCUAAAGGCGGUAGUUGCUUCCAGAUGGGCCGCGAGGCUCGAUUAUGGGAUGGAAACUUGGAGAAAGACUUUGUAACCCUCAGAGCUAAUGACGGCGAAAACGAUAUCUUCACUGUUUGGAUCACCAAGCUGAUUGUUGGAAUCUUUCGGCGAUGUUGUGGAUGUGGCGGAAGGGUAGUCGACGAAGAAAGCCAGUUGCUGUCUUACGACGACUCUAUACUAAACACGGCAUCUACGAUUAUAGCGACAGUAAUGUCAUCGGUCCUUCCGGUAGUCACGAUUUUGGUCCUUUACGCGGUCAAGAAUACAGUUAAAAGGAUAUGCAUCACAAUUGGGUUUACGGCAGUCUUCGCCGCAUUCCUCGCAAUCUUUAGCACCGCUCGUAGAAUUGAAAUAUUUGCAGCAACAGCAACAUUCGCGGCUGUAGAAGUUGUCUUCAUUGGUAGUGCCUUGAGCUCGUAG